UCUCUCUGGCAUGAGCACCUUUCACAUUUCUUCUUGUCUGGAACUAUACUGUGGGUUAAGUAAUGUCUUUGAGAUGUUUUGCUCCUAGACUUAUUGUGCAACAAAGCCUAGUCUUAUUCCAUUCUGCCUGUGUCAUCACAGGGAUCAAGGACAUUGUUCUACAGAAGAUGUUCCAGAGGCAACAAUGGGUGUUGCACAUAUUUUUUGUCAAGUGGCUGCCCAGUGUGGGAUGAGGAAACAGCAGAAGCAACAGCGAUUGCAUCAAUCACUGUACUAUCCAUCGAAGCCUGGAAGCUUAGCCAUGUGAUUCAGAAUAGAGACUUCUGGAAAACUAAUGUUCAUCUAUUGAAUUAGUUAUGCUGGCUUCCAACAAUUCAUAUGUGGCUCCAAAAUCUUUUAUUCUUAAUGGAAUUCCUGAUCUGGAAAGAGUACAUGUAUGGAUCUCACUCCCAUUCUGCACAAUGUAUAUCAUCUCCCUUGUGGGAAACCUUGGCCUUGUGUACCUCAUUCAUCAUGAGGAGGCCUUACAUCGUCCAAUGUAUUUUUUUCUGGCCAUGCUCUCCCUCAUUGACCUCUUUACCUGCACCACCACUCUACCCAAAGCACUCUGUAUCUUCUGGUUUAAUCUCAAGGAAAUUAACUUCAAUGCUUGUUUAGUUCAGAUGUUCUUUGUCCAUGGGUUCACGGGUGUGGAGUCUGGUGUGCUCAUGCUCAUGGCUCUGGAUCGCUAUGUGGCCAUUUGCUACCCACUGCGUUAUGCUACCAUACUCACUAACCCUAUCAUUGCCAAAGCUGGGCUUGUCACCUUCUUGAGGGGUGUGUUGCUAAUGAUUCCUUUUCCAUUCUUGGUCAAGCGUUUGCCCUUCUGCCAAAGCAAUAUUAUCUCCCACACAUAUUGUGACCACAUGUCAGUGGUAAAGUUAUCCUGUGCCAGCAUCAAGGUCAAUGUCAUUUAUGGUCUGAUGGUUGCUCUCUUGAUUGGAGUGUUUGACAUCUGCUGUAUAUCUGUGUCUUACACCAUGAUCCUCCGGGCAGUGGUUAGCCUUUCAUCAGCAGAGGCUCAGCAGAAGGCCUUCAGCACCUGCACUUCCCAUCUAUCUGCCAUUAUCAUCACCUAUGUUCCAGCAUUCUUCACUUUCUUUACCCACCGUUUUGGAGAACACACUAUCCCUCCUUCUCUUCACAUCAUUGUGGCUAACCUUUAUCUUCUUCUUCCUCCAACUCUGAACCCCAUUGUUUAUGGAGUAAAGACAAAACAGAUCCGAGACAGUGUCAUAAAGCUCUUCCAGCAUGAAAAAUGUGCAAGGAUCCAGGACAACUGAAAUUAGAAAAAAGAUGAAUGUAAAACAACAAAAAAAGAAACUCAUGAGUGGUGUCAUACAUUCACUCAUGUUGUAUCAUACAUUUUCCAUUGUCUAUCUCAGGUGUAUGUGGGGGGACCCCCAAAACCUAAAUUAUCUUCUGAGGGGUAGGCAUCUUGUAGUACAGGCUUUCCCCACUAGGUGGGUGAUCUAGGAACCCAUCUGUAUCAGUUUACUAACUGGUGUUGUGAGAGGCUGCAUUCGGUUUCAAUGAAUUUUUUUUUGAAAACU